AUGCUUAGCUUCAUUACUCAAGCAACAAGCACUAUAGCCAAAACUGCGGCUCAUCGUCCUAUUCAAUUUAUAAUCAUUCCUUCAUUACUAGCUUCAAUUGCUUAUUUAUCUAUAGUAGAGGAAUAUGUUCCAGACUCAUCCAGUACUUCACAAGAAGGUAUAAAUUAUUAUCAUCUGCCUGAUAUUAAGGAUGAUUGGAUUCAAAUUGACGAUUUAUCAAAUUAUCCUCAUGAUGUUACUCAAUAUACUGUAUGUCCAUUAAAAUUUAAAAAAGUUCAUAAUUAUGAUGUACCUGAAAUAACAGAUUCUUUUCUUGGUGAUGAUGGUCAACCAAUGGUUAUAAUUCCUCAAUUCAAUUUAGAAUCUUCUUUAAAUUCUUUAGAUAAAAUUGUUUCAGAUGAUGGUAUUACUUGGAAAGUUAGAUCAUCUCAUAGAUUUUCCAAAUAUUAUGAUUAUUUUAAGAAUGGUAUUUUUAAUAUUAGAGAUGCUAUUCGUAAUGCUGAUAAUUUCGAUAUUAUUUUAAUAUUUGUUGCUUAUCUUGCCAUGUGGUAUACUUUAAUUAAAGUAUUUAUUGAUAUGAGACAAUUUGGUUCAAGAUUUUGGUUAGCCUUUUCAACUUUAGCAUCUUCAAUAUUUGCAUUUUUAUUUGCUUUAUUCACUUCCAUUAAAGUAUUAGAUAUUAAAGUUUCACUUUUAAGUCUUUCUGAAGGUAUUCCAUUUUUGGUUGCAAUUAUUGGAUUUAAACAUAAAAUUUCAAUUGCAGGUAGAAUUCAAACAAAAUCAACUAUAAGUACUGAAGAAGUUCCUAAAAUUGUUUCAAAUGCCAUUCUGUCCCAUACCCUUUCCAUCUUAAGAGAUUAUGCUGUUGUUAUUGGUGCUUUAGCUUCAUGUGCAAUUUAUGCUAACCAUUUAACUGGUUUACGUAACUUUUGUAUCUUGAGUUGUUUGAUUUUAUCAUUUGAUUUAUUAUUAGUUUAUACUUUCUAUUCAGCAAUUUUAGGUUUAAAAGUUGAAAUUAAUCGUGCUCGUCGUACUGAAGAUUUACAAGAUGCAUUACAAGAAGAAGGAGUUUCUUCAUUACUAGCUGCUAGAGUUGCUGAACAAUCAUCUACUAUUGAACAUCCAAAUGAAACUAAUUUCUUCACAAAGACUGAUACUUCAGUAUUAUCAUUCAAAGUAGCUAUGAGUAUUGGAUUUUUCGCAUUCCAUGCUAUGUGGUUAGGUAGUUCUUGGUUAUAUAAUACUUCAAGUGAUGAAUCACCAUUUUCAAUAAACAAUGCGGAUGUUGUUCCUAGAUUGGCUAAUGAAAUUAUUCAAAGAAUUGAUAUUGGAGAAAAAGGAACUAUUGUUACUAUGUUACCAACUAGAUAUUAUAUGCCUUUAAGUACAUUGGUUCAAAUUGAAGAUUUAUUAUUUAUCGCUUUAAAGAAAUUUAGUGAUGCAAUUAUGGAUUCAAUAAUUUCUAAAUUCAUUUUAUUUGGAUUUGCAAUUUCAGUUGUUGUCAAUGUUUAUUUCUUGAAUGCAUCAAGAUAUCAAAGUUCAGCUACUCAAAAAUUAAUUGAACAAGAAAUUGCUAGACCAAAAGAAGAACAAGCCAAAAAAGUUGAAUAUGAAAUUGAUGAAAAACUCCGUUCUUCAACCGAUGAACCACUUCCAUUAGAAGAAUGCAUUGAUAUUAUGAAGAAAGGAAAAGUCAGAACCUUAACCAAUGAUGAAGUUACUUCUUUAGUAGUACAUGGGAAAUUACCAUUAUACGCCUUGGAAAAACAAUUACAAGAUAAUACCCGUGCCGUCAUGGUUCGUCGUAAAGCAAUUGCCCAAAUCGCCAAUGUCCCAGUCUUAGAAACUGCCAGAUUACCUUAUUUACACUAUGAUUAUGAUCGUGUUUUUGGUGCCUGUUGUGAAAAUGUCAUUGGUUAUAUGCCAUUACCCGUUGGAGUUGCUGGUCCAUUAAUUAUCGAUGGAUCUCCAUAUCAAGUCCCAAUGGCUACUACUGAAGGUUGUUUAGUCGCAUCGACAAUGAGAGGAUGUAAAGCAAUCAACGCCGGUGGAGGUGUUUCUACUGUUUUGACUCGUGAUGGUAUGACUCGUGGUCCAUGUGUUAGAUUCCCAACUUUGGCUCGUGCCGGUCAAGCUAAAUUAUGGAUUGAUUCUGAAGAAGGGCAAAAAACUGUUAAGAAGGCAUUUAAUUCAACUUCAAGAUUUGCAAGAUUACAACAUGUCCAAACUGCUUUAGCUGGAACUUUAUUAUUUGUCAGAUUUAGAACCACUACUGGUGAUGCCAUGGGGAUGAAUAUGAUUUCCAAAGGGGUUGAAUAUGCCUUGAAAUAUAUGGUUGAAGAAUGUGGUUGGGAUGAUAUGGAAGUGAUUUCAGUUUCCGGGAAUUAUUGUACUGAUAAAAAACCAGCUGCCAUAAAUUGGAUUGAAGGUCGUGGGAAAUCGAUUGUCGCAGAAGCUAGAAUCCCAAGUGAUGUGGUUCAAAAGGUGCUAAAAUCUGAUGUUGAAGCUUUGGUUGAAUUAAAUAUUUCCAAGAAUUUAAUUGGAUCAGCCAUGGCUGGUUCAGUUGGUGGAUUUAAUGCUCAUGCGGCAAAUAUCGUCACUGCUGUAUUUUUAGCUUGUGGUCAAGAUCCAGCUCAAAAUGUUGAAUCAUCAAAUUGUAUAACCUUGAUGAAUAAAGAUAAAGUAACUGGUGAUUUACAAAUUUCAGUUUCUAUGCCAUCGAUUGAAGUUGGGACUAUUGGAGGUGGAACGAUUUUAGAACCACAAGGGGCAAUGUUGGAAUUAUUAGGAGUCAGAGGUCCACAUCCAACCAAUCCUGGUGAUAAUGCUAGACAAUUGGCUAAGAUUGUUGCAUCAGCCGUGUUGGCUGCUGAAUUGUCUUUAUGUUCGGCUUUGGCCGCUGGUCAUUUAGUUCAAUCUCAUAUGCAACAUAAUAGAAAAGGGGCCGUCCCAGCUGCUCCUGCUGCUGUGAAUGGAAAUGGAAAAGCUAGUGAAGAGGACUUGAAACGUCUUAAAGAGGGGUCAACUAUUUGCAUAAAAUCAUAA